CUGGUUCUCUCAAUCAUUUGACCUUGGGUCUAUCAAUAACAUCUGCAACCAAAGUACACGAACCAUCUACUAACUGCUACUAACAAGCAAUCCAUUGGAAUCAUACAUAUAUACUUUCUGAUCCACUGCAACAAGUAAACAACGCGUCUCGUCCUCGCCCCUAUAUAACUCACCGUCUCUCCCAGUUCUUCUUCUCACUUUACAAACUUCUCCAUUACCAGAGACUACUUGUUCCAAACAGCUCGACCGUGACAGAUUCAUCUUGUUCGCUCGAUCAAAGCUACAAACCAAUUCAUCACAAUUCCAUGCAACUCGACUCUCAUCGUUGUCAACCAAGCUUCGCAGAAAUGCAUUUUCCACUCUUCCGCCGCUGUGGCGCGCUUCCCACCGCAACUUCUACUCCUCAUGAUGCUCUCCCUGCCACUGACCCCAAUGGCCCAGUCGAAGACUGGCAAACUGUCCGCCGCUUCCAUUUCAGGAUGAUGCGAAAGCAAGUCCGCAGUGUCAUCUUUAUGAUGGCACUCAUGGAAGCUCUUCGCCAUGGCCCUCUCCAACUUGCCUACUCUGGCAAACAUGGCUACCCUCAACCUGGUCCAGAGGACUUUGGUAUUGCCUACAAUGUGGGCUACUUCUUGAGCUGGCUCUAUGUGUGCUUGUUCAUGAUCGUUUAUGUCCCCCUCUUCAGUUGGUGGGUUCCAAAGUCUGAACCAUCCGACUCCACCGACCCCUCUGCCACCGACAAGCUUGCCCAUGUCCUCAAGGUUAUCAACAUGUACCUUAUUCCGUUCACCAUUGGCAUUGCCCUUGUCCAACAUCUCUUCUACAUUGUGUCAUGCUUCAUCUAUGUCGACUCGCGAGCAAAGAAAUCCUGCGCCUUUCCUCCCAACACACGCAAGAAUUGGAUUGUCCGCGGCUUGUUCCUCCUCGGCAUCGCCAUCUCCACUAUCUCUGGCUACUUCAUCUUCAAGAUGCUCGCAGCACAAGAUCUCGCUCAUGUCAAAGACAUUGAAUACUACAUUAUUGUUGUUCCCUUCCAGAUCAACUUUGGCAUCUUCCUCGGAACCAUAAUGCAAUUCCGCAUGGAAAAGAUUGCCGCUCGUCGUGCUGCCAAAGCUGCUCGCGCCGAAUUCAAUGCUUCAUACUCUGAAAAACAAAGACUUCUCGACGUCUAGCUUACGAUUGGGAAAUCAGUCAAGAACAAGACUUCAAAAAUUUUUACCGAAGUGGUCUAUAAAUCAACUCCAAUCGUUCUUCCUCCUGUUCGGUCCAAGAAAACCACCACCAAGUCUACUGCCACUGCCUCUGCCACUGCCUCCAAGACGGCUACUACUACUUCUGCCGAUACAAUUGCCAAUGACACUGCCACUACAACCAGGAGACGACCUGUAAAUCAUGCCACGAUUUUACAGAUCGAUCCUAGUCAGCCAAGAACGUCAACGGACCCUCUCUCUGUCAUUGCGACAACCUUCGAGGACCACAAAGCGGCCCAGGUCCUCGAAGCAAAGUACAUUGUGGCCAACCAACGAGUCCGAAUAUGGAACAAACUUGUUCGGGCUGGGGCGGGCAUCGGCGGCUUCGACCCGGCGGAGCCCCGGGUCCUCGACAAACUAGCCUGGGAGCUAGUUGUCGAGGGCCAGGGCCGGAAGCCGGUCGUGCCUGUGGGUGCCCGCCGGCUGAGGCGGACUGGCCGCCUGUCCGAUUAUUCGGGCAGUUGGUCCAGAGGGGGUGAAUAGGGGCAUGGGGGGAGGACGACUAUCAUUAUAUAUAUUGUUAUGGGGGAGGGCACCACUAUCAUCAGGCAUUAUUAGGCAUUAUUAGGCGGGUGGGGACCGGGACAACUAUAUUCAUAUUCAUUGUUAGGAAGGGCGGUCCCUUAAAGGUAUUAAAUAGUAUUAUUGUUAUAAAUGAAUGAUUCAUGCAA